AUGGCGAAGCGUCACAAAAGCAGCCGCGCAGCACCCAGCCCGGCUGGUGAUACCGAUUGGGAUUCCUAUGCCACCACGACAAAGACUGCAUUCACACCUAAGACAGGAGCAGUGCCUGCUUUAAUUCGUCAGAAAAGUACCAGAAGAUUAGGAUAUACAUAUUCACUUAGUUACCCUGUUCCCAACCAGGCACAGUACAAUGAUGAGUAUGUUUGGAAAUCAUAUUCUAAAGAAGAUUGGAUCAACAUUGGAACUUCAAGAGGAAUCAAGAACCACAAAUCUUAUUACCCCAGUCAAAUUAAGCAACAUUCUCAGAUGUUUCUGGAAUGGAAAAACUUACUUCCCCGACCAGCAGACACUGAAUUUCGAUGGAAUUACCAAAUUCCAGCUAAAAUUCCUGAGCUUCAGGAUUUUAGUUUCAAAUAUGGAUGCUACUCAAGCCUACCCAUUGCUUCUCAGGGUCUAGAAGAGGUCCUGAUCAGAUGUCGGGAGCUGAUGUACGCUGGUUGGAAAAUCAAGAGCAAGAAACAGGACGGCAUGAAGAGGAAAGAGAAGGUGGUUUUGGGCAAAAACAAACACUGGGAGUGCGACUUGCCCCGCCGGACCUCGGCCUUCGGGGGAGCAGGGGCUGCGGAGAGCAGACCCCCCAGCCUGGCUGCUGCGGGCCUGCCUCACCCGGGGAAGAUGCGCAGCCCCUCGGUCGGAACCGAGGACGUGGCCCAGAGGAGGGUGCCGCCUCCACACGCGGACCUGGCGCGGAGCCUGCGGACGGAAAGGAACGGUGACGGGAUCUGCAGCUCCUGGCUCGAAGUCUGUGUGGGCUGGUGUGGAAUCAAGGCUGUGCAGGAGGAUGUGCGAUGA